CAUUGUCCUCUUCUCUCUGAUGGUUAAACUUUCACACAUCUUCGUUUCCAUCUCCUCCUCUAAGCCAUUAAUCUUGAAUAGCUUAAUGGCAACCUCCGUCUCCAAACCAGGCCGGGUAAGACGGCUUGGCGAGCUUCUCCAAGAGCAACAAGAACCUUUUCAGCUGCAAGAUUACCUUUCGGAGAGAGGGUAUUUGAAGAAAAUCUCGAAUUCGGAAGCUAGAGAUGGUUUCUGCACUUCCAUUUCACAUAAGAAUUCUAAGAGUUCGGGCAGUUAUGGUUUGAGGACAAGACCUCCGCACUGCCCGAAGGUCCUCAAGUUAUUAAUUAACAAGCUUGUUUUCGUUGGUAGCAACCGAAAAACAUCGAAUUGGGAUACUAGAGCUUAUGAGGAUGAAGGUGUUUGUGUCUGUGAGAUGGGAGGCGCGAGGGCUCAACAAGUUGCAGAUUUGGAUCAGUUUUCGUCGGCCAGCAGCGUCACGUUAUUUGAUUCUUGUUGUGAAAGCGAUGCAGAAGACUCUUCCUCACCUCAAAGAAGAGAGCACAUUCCAUCUUCUUCUGUAGACACUUUCAGAAGCUUAGAACUUUGCAAUCUGAAACAGCAAGAGGAUGACACGGAUAGAAAGCUUCAAUGUGGAUGCAUGGAAGAUACCAAGCAACUCAGUCCUGUGUCAGUAUUAGAAGAACAACCCUACCAUGAAGGUUCUCGAAUCCAAAACCAGAUGUGGUGCUGCCCCGCUACAAGAAGCAAGGAGACACGAUCAACUUCAAGUUUCAAUGUACCCAAGGAAGUAGCAGAAGAUUCCAUAUUCUCGGCUUCUAUGUGGGAUUUACUUGUACACUCACUGGAAGAGAAACAGGGUUCUAUUGGAUAUGCAGAAUUACAUGAGCUCCUUGGACCUGGUUCUUGUUCUCAGUACCUGAAGACCAGAUGGGUAUUGCAGCAGAAAAGGCAGCUUCUCUUUGACUGCGUAAGGGAAGCGCUGGAGACUCAUGGAACAAAACGAUGGAGUCGAUUUGAUCGCGAAUUCUUAGGGCCUGAAGAUCUUGGGAGGAUAAUCUGUGAGCAGAUUUGUUCGUGGGGCAAGCAAUGCGGAGAUAAAACAAACAUAACCCAACUGAUAUAUUCUGAUUUUUCAUACUCAACAGAAGAGUGGAAUCAUUUGAAGCCACGGAUGAGAAGUGAGAUAGCGGUAGAAAUAGGCGAUGUUAUCUUGGAAGAAAUGAGGAGUGAGAUUGUCACAGACAUGAUUGACUUUUUUUUGCAAUAAUAGCAUGUAAUUCAUUCCAUCACUCGUCAUCUUUUCUUUUUAGUUUUAUUUCUGCUUACUCUCACCUAUUUUUUCAUUUCGUGAGUUGCAGAAAGUGUAGGUUUAGUGAUAUUUUCUUUCUGCUUUGAUUUGCACACUAAGCCUCAUUUCUACAUUCUCGUAAGUCUUAACGACCGAGAAUGGCUCCA